CAGGUUUUAUAUUCAACGUAUUCAGUUGUUCAGUUAUACAGUUUCAUAUUCAGUUGUUUCACUGUGAUCUUAAAAACAUAUUGUAUAUUUAAUAACAAUUAAGGAAGUAUACGUAUACUAUAGCCUACACAUUUUCAGAGUGUAGCUUGUGAUAUUUCUAUUACACCUAUAUUAUACUGUGUUGGGUAUGGCUACUUCCUUGGAUUCCAUUCGUAUGCGAUCCGCCGACCUUAUUAAAAAAGAGCACCUGGACUACGGCGGCUUCGGACAAGUUCACCUAUGCUAUCAUAAAACUUUGGGCCAGGUGGUACUGAAGACGGUGUACACAGGACCACCGCGCAAUGAAGCAAAAUUCAGUAGGAAGUCUUUGCUGGAGGAGGGCAGUCUGAUGACCAAACUGAACCACGAGCGUGUGGUCAAGCUGCUUGGAGUGAUCCUUGAUGAUGGGGAUUACUCCCUGGUGCUGGAGCUCAUCCCCAAGGGGAACUUGCAGGCCAUGUUGGACAAGGUUCAAGUUCCCAUGUCCAUUAAGGGCCGCAUCAUUCUUGAGAUCCUGGAGGGCAUGGAAUAUUUGGCAGGGAACCACGUCAUACACAAGGAUUUGAAACCUGAGAACAUAUUGGUGGACAGAGACUUUCACAUUAAGAUUGCAGAUCUGGGCUUGGCCACUUGCCAGACUUGGAGCAGAUUGACCAAGGAGGAGUCUCGCAGGCAGAGCCGCACCAAGCCCUCAGCUGGGGUCAGGGCCUCCGGCACCCUGUGCUACAUGGCGCCCGAGCACCUGGAGAGCGUCCACACGCAGUCCACCGAGAGGUCUGACGUGUACAGCUUCAGCAUUGUCGUCUGGGUCGUUCUCACCAGCCAGGAGCCCUACGAGAAUGCCAGGAGUGAGGACCAAAUCUGCCAGUGUGUCCGCCAGGGCGACCGCCCCAACGAGGGUUUAAUUCCACCUGACACCCUCCCUGAGAUGACAGAUCUGAUGAGAAGAGGCUGGAGUCAGAAUCCACGGGACAGGCCGACGUUUAAAGAGGGAUACACAUCCUUCCUACCAGUCUACCGAGAGAAGCUGGAGCCUAAUGUAGAAAGAGAUGCUUUGGCUCUAAGGGAGUCGUACGAAGGCCCAGAGGUUCUCCUGGAGAUGAUGAAGUCCUUCUCUUUGCCUCCAGACAGUAUGAUGGCAGCAGACCUGCCGGCCUGCUUGAUGAGCUCAGACGUCAGGUUCCCAGUGGAGGCCAGCAUCGAGGACCUCAAACAGUUCUCCCUCCAGACUGACGCCAGGGCCCCCAGCCAACCCAGCCCUCCCUUCACCCCUGGCCAGGUGGGAGAAUGGCCCCAGAAGAGGGGCAACUGGGGAACAGACCAGCCAGACUCCAGCCCCCUGUCUCCCCCCGGCUAUGCCCCAGCUACCCCCCCUCAGAGGCUGAUGUCCCAUGAGCACCCAGAUAGGGGCUGGCAUUCUCCAGGCUCCACUGUCCAUUCAUGGAGCAAAGCCGAGCCUGUCCAGCCCAACAGCCAGGAGGAGCCAUACCCUCGCCCUGCCUUUCCCUCCUCCAGACUCUACAGCACUCAACUGUCCAAUCACAGCCCAGAGCCACACUUCAGCAACCCCUGCCAGCAUGUCUCACAGCAUUCCUGGCCCCUUGAGAACCAGAACUCCGGCAAGAGUGCACCCUUACUAGAUUCAGGAAGCAUCGUCAUCAGAAAUGCCAGUUGUAUCCAGAUUGGCGACCACAACAGUCUAAAGACCCACAGUCCAGACUCUCACCGGAGUCCAGCAAGCUUACUGUCCAACGGCAGUACCACCUUGUUUCUCAAAGAAGCCAUUCAGAAGUACGAGGACCAAGCAGUGACAGAGAAGCACCUGGACCUGCUGAGGGACAACAUUGGGGCCAAGUGGAAGCAGUGCGCCCGGCGCCUGGGCCUGAGCGAUGUGGAGCUGGAGGAAAUUGACCACAACUACGACCGCGACGGCCUGUCGGAGAAGGUGUACCAGAUGCUGGGGCGUUGGUCGAUGAAGGAGGGCAGCGUGGGCUGCACGCUGGGACGCCUCUGCAAGGCCCUGGACAACAUCGUCAAGGUUGAUCUGCUGCAGAAGCUGGUGGACGUGUGCAACAGCGACCCCUAGACAGGAGAGGGACGCUAGUCCAGGCCAGCGGAUAGCCCAGGUUAGGGACUAGCCAGGGACUGAGAACUCACUCUGUGAUCUUUUGACUGCCUUCUCGUUGUAGUGUUUUGCUCUUUGACAAUGUUGGAAAAAAUAUAGUAUACAACUAUAUAUGUGGCUCCAGCAGGUAAUGAAAUUAUCAAAACCAUAAAAUGAUCUUAUUUGUCCAUCAGAAUCAGAAUCAGGUUUAUUCGCCAUGUAUGUUAUACAAACACGGAAUUUACUGUGGCAGGGAGGUUUCAAAUGGUCAUGUCUGACCAUUUGACAUUACAGUGAGCCUAACAGGGAAAGGUGCUGAAAACAGGGCUUUAUCAAAAUAAUAAUUUCCCUCUCUGACAGGUAUUCGUAUUGUGCUUCUAUGUUAUCUUUGGACAGGAAAUAGCCCAGAGACUAUGUUAUACAUGGAACAGACUGGAGUUGUGCUUAUUGUGCAAACAAUGACAAUAAUGUUUGAUUAUCUUUUGAGAAUUCCAAAUCUUGUUGUUGUUUGACCGUGCGAAAGUAAAGUGGAUUCUACAAUCUCCAUGUUAUCCUGUUACAGGUGGCAUCAAUGGUGUUUCAUAGAAUUGGCACAAAUGCUGUAUAUCCGGCUUAGUGUAAAACAAACAAGGGGGAACAAUAUAUUGUUGCUAUGUCCUUAAUUCUCCUUUGGGGGGCAGCAAAUGUCUAUCUUUUGUUGUCAUGUUCAUUCUAUUAUCAGAAUUUUUCAAUUGGACUUAGUUUCAUCAAAGUGCUCCAGAUAUUUUUCCCUGUAGCUUCAAAAUUUAAAUUGUUUCUUCCAUGCAUGAUAUUUGUUCCAGUGUAUAGACCAAAUGAAACACGAAUGUGUAAGAAUUUAGAAGCAAUUGCCUGUUUGACAGAUAAAGUAUCCUAUUAAUGGGCCUCUGUCAUUGAAACCACUGUCUCGAGGCCAAACAGAAUUAAUUGUCACAGUGUGGAAGUGAUGAAUCCUAACACUUAGACACACGCACCAGUAUCUCAUUGCCUCAGUGGCUUCCUAUGCAUACUAUAACAAUGUUAUGAAUUUGACAUUAUUGGAUGUUUAUUUGUAUGUUCCUUGUGUGUGUGUGUGUGUGUGUGUGUGUGUGUGUGUGUGUGUGUGUGUGUGUGUGUGUGUGUGUGAGCAGUAUGUAAAAUGAGAGAAGGGCCCAGGAGCUUUUUACCGCAGGCAUUUUUUAAUAAAGUUGUCAAUUUCA